UUUUCUCGGCGGUAUCCAGGCAUCUGCUGCCUCUCUCUGUGACAGCUAGCUUCAGUAAGCUAGCUUCAAUCGCCUCAGUAGCUUAGUAGGUUAGCUCAGAAGCUUCAGGAGCCUGUAAACACCAGCACAGAGCACCGAGUGAGUGGACACGCUGUCCUCUCACCUGAUAGUGUCCACACGCUAUCUGUGUGUGUCACUGCAGCAGAGCCGGAGCUUUCUCCUCACCUAUCCUACCAUUUUUAUGGUCAACCCCUGCUCCACCAUCUUCUGCCUUCUUUUCUCCCUUCCCUAAGUGGCUGUCUGUCGGCAGAUGUCUCGUCACUUCCCUCUGAGGUCGGAGGCCAGUUGGCGAGGUGAGGUAGGUGGCCAGAAGAAGUGAUGCGGGCUUCAGUGACAGGCUGCAAGAUGAGCGUGGGUGCACUCCUUAACGGGCUGCUGGUCUCUGUAGUCGCAGCUCUUCUUUGGAAGUAUUCCAAGCUGAGUGAGCACGCCGCCCUGCUGGAGGAAGAGCUGCACAUGACCCAGCAGUCCCAGGAGAUCUCCCAGGCCCGCAUCGACUACCAUGUUGCCCUUCAGGCUCUUCAGGAACACGGCACCCGCAUGGUCUGCACCGGCAAGAUGCACACCGAUCGCGUCUGCCGUUUUGACUACCUCUGCUACAGCUCUGAGGCAGAGGAGUUUGUGUUCUUCCACUCCAAUUCCUCUGUCAUGUUGCCAAACCUGGGUUCGAGGCGCUUCCAGCCGGCCCUACUGGACUUGUCCUCAGUGGAGGAUCACAACACCCAGUACUUCAACUUCUUAGAGCUCCCAGCUGCUGCUUUAAAGUUCAUGCCUAAGCCCGUGUUUGUACCGGAUGUGACUCUGAUUCUAAACAGAUUCAAUCCAGACAACCUAAUGCAUGUGUUUCACGAUGACCUGAUCCCAGCAUUCUACACUAUGAAACAGUAUUCGGACUUAGAUGACGAGGCGCGUUUGGUCUUUAUGGAGGGCUGGGGUGAAGGCCCACAUUUUGACCUCUACCGACUUCUCAGCAGCAAGCAGCCACUGCUCAAAGAACAACUCAAGAACUUUGGCAAGCUCAUAUGUUUCACUAAAUCCUACGUUGGCUUGUCCAAGAUGACCACCUGGUACCAGUACGGGUUUGUUCAACCACAGGGGCCCAAAGCCAACAUGUUGGUCUCAGGAAAUGAGAUCCGGCAGUUCGCAAGUGUUCUGAUGGACAAAAUGAACAUCACAACGGUGGAGGAAAUGGAAAAGGAUGGAGGCAGUGCUGAAGGUCAGAAAGGGAAAAAGGAUGAAUACAUCGUACUGUUUAGUCGUUCAACAACACGGCUGAUACUGAAUGAGGCAGAGCUGAUCAUGACGCUGGCCCAGGAGUUCCAGAUGAGAGUGGUCACCGUUUCCCUAGAGGAACAGUCCCUCCCCAGUACCGUUCAGGUGAUCAGUGGUGCCUCCAUGUUAAUCAGUAUGCAUGGAGCUCAGCUAAUCACCUCACUCUUCCUCCCGAGAGGAGCUGUUGUGGUGGAGUUGUUCCCUUUUGCCGUUAACCCUGAACAGUACACCCCAUAUAAAACGCUUGCCACCCUUCAAGGCAUGGAUCUUCACUAUGUCUCAUGGAGGAACACCAAGGAGGAGAACACCAUCACCCACCCAGACAAACCUUGGGAUCAAGGGGGCAUCGUUCACUUGGAAAAGGAGGAGCAAGAGCGAAUCCUGGCGAGCAAAGAUGUCCCCAGGCACCUGUGCUGUCGCAACCCGGAGUGGCUCUUCCGGAUCUACCAGGACACUUUGGUGGACAUCCCUUCCUUCUUGGAAGUCCUUAAAGAGGGCAUGAAGACAAAGCCCAGUGUGAAAAGAUCCAAACCGGCCAGCACAGUUCACCCGGGCCGGGUCAGAGAACCCCAGUGUCAGACCUCGGUACAAACCACUAAUGAGGCUAAACUCACAGUCUCCUGGCAGAUCCCGUGGAAUCUGAAAUACCUGAAGGUGAGAGAGGUGAAGUACGAGGUGUGGAUCCAGGAGCAGGGAGAGAACACCUACAUGCCUUACAUCCUUCCGCAGCAGAACUACACUUUUUCAGAGAACAUCAAGCCCUUCACCACCUACCUGGUGUGGGUCAGGUGUAUUUUCAACAAGAACCUCCUGGGCCCCUUUGCAGAUGUUCUUAUGUGUAGGACCUAGUUCAAACACCUUGCCAAUGUGUUGCUGUGUAGUCUAAAGGUUGAGUCAUGCUUGAUCCGCCCUGUCAAAUCGGAACAUUGUCCAGUGGAGGUUGGCAAAUGUGAUAUGGCAUAUCCUAGACCAGGCUGCAAUGUUUCCCUGGCCAGGACAGGCAACAGAGAGACUUUCUGAAGAAGACUUGAACCACAGGGUCAUAACUCCAUGGCAACAGCCGUUCAUAAAUGAAAAGUAUAUUUUCUGUACCAGUGAAAGAAAGAAAAACCAUGUUGAUACUAAACAUAACAGAAGUCAAAUCAACAGAUUUAUUUAUGUGCGAAUAAUAUAUAACAUGUUUUUUUAGAAUUAGUCAAAACACUGGUUACCUUUUACAGUAUGCAAUAGAGCUUUUCUCUAGAGAGCAAGGAAGGUUUUAGAAUAGCAAGAUUUGUAAUGUUUUCUGACUCGUCCAAUGUCUACUGUGUGUGAUGCCUGUGUGGCUUAGUGUUCCUACCAGUUGUUUGAUUGCAUACACCAUUAUUUGCAGAACCUAACUGAAACCAAAGCAACAUUCAACAUCGUUCAGACCAUGUGACGCUCAUACAGUUUUAAACCUGGUGUCUAAAGGAAUCUGAAGGGUUGUGUUUUUUUUAAUUUAUCAAAGCUAAACCACAGCUAUUAAUGUUUUCACCCUGUGUCAUUUUAUCGAGCAUUUUGUGAGGAAAACUCUAUAUUUUUGGAAUGUUAAAAGUUCUUGUGUCCACAGUAUUAUACCACAGAUAUUGAAAUCCGUAUCCAAAUAUAAUCUGCAAAAAGUGGAUUUUUUAAAGAGACCUCAUUAUGCUUUUUGGAUUUACCCUUUCCUGUAGUGUGUUAUAUAGGUUUUUGUGCAUGUAAAUGUCUGCAGAGGUUAACAUCCCUGUGUUCCCUCAAGAGUUUCUCUAAUAUAUCCUAUAACAUUAGAAAAUAUAAUAAUAAUUUGCUUUUUGAACAUUAAAGCAUGGAGACAUGUCACAGUAGAGACACUAAAUACAAAUAUGAACCUGAAGAUGAGCUUAUUAGGGCCCCUUUAAUAAUUGGCAGUAAUUACAACAGUGUUACAGUUUCUUUGGAGAGAGAAUCCAUAUCACCAGGCUAUAAACACAGCAUUUUUGAUUAAAACUGGUAUGGUAUGUUGCAGCGUGGGGUUUUACUGACUUUUUCAUUAUAAUUACAAUUGUAGAUGUCUCUCAAGGUUUUCUAGCUGUUUUGGAAAGUGUUACAUUUUAGAUCCAAAGGUGGCUUUUGAAGUUGUUAUUUCAUUCUCCUCAUGAAGUGUUGGUAGCUAGACUGCAAAAAGGUGUUGCAUUGGACGUGUUAGUGUGUGGUAGCUGUAGCAAGAGACGGUUUAUGGAAUGCCAACGAAACACUGCCACCAGUUGUGUGUGUAAUGUGCCAUUGUUAGGGCUAUGUCAUGUAAUUACUUUGGACUUCUAAACAUUAGAUAAUUCUGUUUGUCAUGUCCGAUCGCUUUCCUUUACCUGAGAUGUUACUCUCAAUCUACAUUUUCAGAUUUUCAUUUAAUUUAUAUAUUUUCUGUUGAGUUCUCAGCUGCAGAUGCACGUUUAAGAUUAUUUUUGAGCCAUUGUUGUGUGUGCAGGAUGUGAUGUUUUUAUAUAUGUAUGUGUUUGUACUGUUGGUUAGAUUAGCGUUAGCCUCUGUGCCACCUCAGUGGACACAGCAUACUGUAUGUGCUAAGUGAAAUGAGUCUCAGUUUUCUACAUUAGCAGAUAGCUGGAGUUUCUUUUUCAGUAACUGUGAUUGAAUAAAAAAUCUUAUUUCUUA